AUGGCGACCAAGACGGUGACGACGACGGCCAGCACGGCCCUCGAGCUUGGCCACACUCGCACCGAGCAGCAGGCGCGCGGCACCAUCCAACUCCGCGGCGGCGGCGCCGCCUCUCACGACCCCUCCCCCUCCGGCUCCGACAGCGACCUGGACCCGAUCCUCGAAGCCUCGCGCAUCGCCGACGCCACCGUCCCCGACGGCGGCCGCGGCUGGGCCGUCGUCGCCGCCUGCGCCGUCGUCUCCUUCUGGCUCACCGGCGUCAACUACAGCUGGGGCGUCAUGCAGUCCGCCCUCGUCGCGCGCGGCCUCGGCGCCCCCGCCACCCUCUCCUUCGUCGGCUCCAUCCCCGCCACCCUCAUCAGCGUCAUGGCCAUGGUCAACGCGCGCAUCAUCCGCCGCGUCGGCACCCGCUGGACCGCCGUCGCGGGCGUCGCGACCAUCGGCCUGGCGCAGGUCCUCGCCGGCUUCGCCACGGAGAGCGUCGCGGGCUUGUACGUCACGGCGGGCGCGAUGCUGGGGGUGGGGAUGAGCCUGUGCUUCACCGUGUGCUCGGUCACGCCGGCGCAGUACUUCAAGCGCCGGCGGGGGCUGGCCAACGGGUUGGUCUUUGCGGGCGGCGGGCUCGGCGGCGCGGUCAUCACCAUCGUCGAGGACGUCCUCAUCCGGCGCUCCGACCCCGCGUGGGCGUACCGCGUCAUGGGCCUGGCCACGCUCGCCACCGGCCUCCCCGCCGCGCUCUUCGUCACCGAGCGCACGCGCGCCGUCGCCGUCGUCGGCGCCAUCGAGUGGCGCCUGUUCAGAGACGUACGCUUCAGCCUCAUGUUCGUCGCCGGCGCCAUCGCCACCUUUCCCCUGCUCGUACCGGCCUUCUUCCUGCCGCUGUACGCCAGCUCGCUGGGGUUGUCGGCGGCGACGGGCGCGGCGCUGCUGGCCGGGUUCAACUUCUCGUCGGCGGUAGGCCGGAUCCUCUGCGGGCUGCUGGCGGACAAGGCGGGCGCGACCAACACGAUGCUGGGUUGCCUGCUGGUGAGCGCGCUGGGGAUGCUGGUGCUGUGGCCGACGUCGACGACGGUCGGCCCGCUGGCGGUGUUUGCGGUGCUCAACGGCGCGGCCAACGGUGGCUUCUUCUCGACCAUCCCGACCGUGGUGGGCAACGUCUUCGGCUCGGCGCGGGUGGUCGUGGCGCUCGGCAUGAUUGUCACCGGAUGGGCCGGAGGAUACCUCAUGGGUGCCCCAAUUGCUGGUUAUAUUUUGGACGCAUACGGUGGCCAGGACAGCGGCUUACAUGCGUAUCGGCCCGCCAUGUUCUAUGCCGGCUCCUUGGCGCUGGCGGCGGCUGUGCUGGUCGGUGUUAUGCGUCUGAGGAUGAAUGUUCCUUUGCUUGGGAAGGUCUGA